AUGGCGUCGCUGGCUUUGUCUUCUCCUCCCGGCGUUAAGUUUCCGUCGUUCCUAGCAUCGUCUUCUUCGUCUCUCUUCUCUCGCUCCUCGAUUUUCGCCGGAACCUCUGAGUCUCGCUCCCGAAUCUCCGUUUCCGGUGGUGCGAAAUGCAAUUUGCCUAAGGCAUUGAAUGUAGGGAACGGGAAUGCUCGUGUUCCGAUUAUCAAUGAGACGACAAUUCCAAAGUUCUUUGAUUCUUCUCGGUUGGAGAAAUCGGUCAGUGGAACCAAUACAAAGCUCAAGUUGUUCUCUGGUACUGCAAAUCCAGCACUUUCUCAGGAAAUUGCUUGGUAUAUGGGUCUGGAGCUUGGGAAGAUUAGCAUAAAGAGAUUUGCUGAUGGAGAGAUUUAUGUUCAGCUUAAAGAGAGUGUUAGAGGUUGUGAUGUCUUCUUGGUGCAGCCUACUUGCACUCCAACUAACGAGAAUCUCAUGGAGCUAUUGAUCAUGAUAGAUGCUUGCCGAAGAGCAUCAGCUAAGAAAGUAACGGCCGUGAUUCCGUAUUUUGGUUACGCAAGAGCUGAUAGGAAGACACAAGGGCGUGAAUCCAUUGCUGCUAAACUGGUUGCGAACCUUAUAACCGAAGCCGGUGCAGAUCGAGUUCUUGCAUGUGAUCUUCAUUCAGGACAAUCCAUGGGUUACUUUGACAUACCGGUGGACCAUGUCUAUUGCCAGCCUGUGAUUCUUGAUUAUCUUGCUAGCAAGUCGAUUUCCUCGGAGGAUUUGGUAGUGGUUUCUCCCGAUGUUGGUGGAGUUGCCAGGGCUCGCGCAUUUGCUAAGAAAUUAUCUGAUGCACCUCUUGCCAUUGUCGAUAAAAGGCGUCAUGGCCACAAUGUUGCUGAGGUCAUGAACCUAAUCGGUGAUGUAAAAGGGAAAGUGGCAGUGAUGGUGGAUGACAUGAUUGAUACCGCUGGAACCAUUGUGAAAGGAGCAGCUCUUUUACAUGAUGAAGGUGCGCGGGAGGUUUACGCUUGCUGCACACACGCGGUUUUCAGUCCGCCUGCAAUAGAGCGGUUAUCGAGCGGUUUGCUGCAAGAAGUGAUAGUGACGAAUACUUUACCGGUAGCGGAGAAGAAUUACUUCCCGCAGUUAACGAUUUUAUCGGUGGCUAAUCUUCUAGGUGAGACCAUUUGGCGUGUUCACGAUGAUAGCUCCGUUAGUAGCAUUUUCCUUUGA